UUGCAAUUGGGGCAGCUUUUGUUGGGGCUCCUUGCGUCCCCCGGACCUCAUAGAUCGUAUAUAGCGUGUCCGUAGACAGCCGAUCCGCCACCGGGGCAGCCCUACGCGCCGCGCCGUCAAUCGUGUGUAUAGAGUAACCUUGACGGGGCAACUACGCGUCGACCGUGUGUAGCGUGACAUCGACUGGGCAGCUCACUUGAACGCGCCGCGCCACCAUGCCGAUCACGGCCGAGCAAAGGCGCCAGCUCAACCGCAAGCGCCGCGACGGGCGCGCCGCCGAAGCCUACGCCGCGAUCCUGGGCGACCUGGACGCGCCCAUGCUCGGCGCGUGCAUCAGCCUGAAGGAGCGUGAGGACACGAAGAAGGCGGGGACGAUGGCCGCGCCCGCCGACGCGCUGCGCUACACGGAGUGCUCGCUGCCCGCGCUGCAGCGGACCCUGGGCAAGAUCCAGGAUAAAUACGGCGAAGGCAGCGGCAAGCUCCAGGAGGACGGCGAGGGCGUCUUCUACGACCUCGGGUCGGGCCUGGGCAAGGCCUGCCUCCAGGCCGCCGUGUGCUACCCCUUCGAGGCCGUCGUGGGCAUCGAGGUCCUCGAGGGAUUGCAUACGAUGGCCCUCGAACUCAAGCAGCGGUACGACGACAAAGCGCCCGAGGCGCUGCCGCCGUCGCAGCGCCGGAGCGAGGACGACGGCCGGCCGAUCGACGUGCCCGAGCUCGAGUUCCGUCAUACGAGCUUCGCCGGCGCGGACCUCGGCGAGGCGGACGUGGCCUUCUGCCACUGCGCGGCCUUCGACAAACAUACUUUGAAGGAGGCGCAGGCGGCGCUCGCGACGCUGCGGCCCGGGGCCUUCGCGGUCACGGUGACGCACGAGCUGCCCGAGCGGCUCGACUUCGAGACCGUCGACUCGGAGAUCCUCGAGCUGGACGGGUGCCGGACGCUCGUCUUCAUUUCGAAGAAGCACCCGCCGGGCGCGCUGGGGCCGCCGCCGGGGGGAUGAAGUAAGGCG